ACACUAACAGUGUUGAGCUAGUUCCAGUCCUUUGCAGUAUUUGAGAACAAGCAUCUACCAUAAUUCUUGGCGUAAGAUCUGUCUGUCUUCAUUUCUAGUGCAGCCUUCAUGAUUGCUCAAAUUGUGAAAAACAGCCCUCUCUGUUGUUGUUAAGAUUCAUGACCAAAAAUGUCUUUUAUCAAAUACGAUCAAACCUGUGACUUCCCGAUUCAGAAUCUUCCUUACGGAGUCUUCUCAACUGCCGAGAACGCACAACAUCGAAUUGGUGUUGCCAUCGGGGAUCAGGUGUUGGAUCUAUCUGUUGUUGGAGAGCUCUUCAAUGGACCUCAUCUGUCUGAAUGCAGAGAUGUCUUUGACAAGCCUGUCCUUAAUGACCUGAUGGGUCUCGGCCCACCUGUCUGGAAGGAAGCUCGUCAGACCUUGCAGAAGAUUCUGUCUGCUGAUGAUCCUACUCUUGGAGACAAUGCUGAGGUAAAGACAAUACAGGACUUGAAAGCCUUUGUGCCUCAGAGUCAAGCUGUCAUGCACCUCCCAGCUAAGAUCGGAGACUAUACCGACUUCACUUCUUCCCUUCAUCAUUCGGUAAAUGUUGGCAAAAUGUUCAGGGAAAAGGGUGAUGAACUUGCGCCAAACUGGAAGCAUCUUCCAGCUGGUUACCAUGGACGCGCCUCAUCAGUGGUCGUCUCGGGCACACCAAUCAGACGUCCCUACGGUCAGGCAUGCUUUGAUGAUUCUGGCAAACCUCCAACAUUUGGUCCUUGUAGACUGAUGGACUUUGAAUUGGAAAUGGCUUUCUUUGUUGGACCUGGUAACGACUUGGGAGAACCUAUACCAGUCACUAAAGCCCAGGAUCAUAUCUUCGGAAUGACUCUCAUGAAUGACUGGAGUGUGUCCAAUGGCUUUAAAGAACCCGGUUACCCGCAAAGUAAAUGGAAGAACUUUGCCCCGGAGUUCCUUUGGGAAUACAUUCCUCUUGGACCCUUCCUGGCCAAGAAUCUUGGCACCACAAUAGCACCCUGGGUCGUCACCAUGGAGGCUCUUGCUUCAUUCGCAGUCCCAAAUGUCAACCAAGACGUUGAGCCUCUUCCGUAUCUACAACACAAAGACAACUUCAACUUUGACAUCAACCUUGCAGCUGCCAUCUCUGCCGAUGGAACCAAUGGACCUGUGACGAUCUGCCAAACAAACUUCAAGGACAUGUACUGGUCCAUGAAGCAACAAUUAGCCCAUCAUUCUGUCACAGGAUGCAACAUGAGGCCAGGGGACCUUCUUGCGUCAGGAACCAUCAGUGGCCCAACGGAUGACUCCCUUGGCUCAAUGCUUGAGCUCUGCUGGAAGGGUACCAGGGAAGUGGCUCUAGGUAACGGAAUUACACGCAAGUUCCUUGAGGACAACGAUGAAGUUAUACUGACUGGUUACUGCCAGGGUGAUGGUUAUAGGGUUGGCUUCGGAACCUGCACAGGAAAAGUUCUCCCUGCCAUCAAUCCUAUGCAAUGAUGAGUCGUGGAGAGAGGUCCUGAAAAAACUUGCCAGCAGAAUUCGGAAAUCGUGAAUGCCAAUUAACUUGACCUGUUUUCUUUGGUUUGUUCUGUUUAAAGCCAUUGGACCCUUUCGGUACAGAAAAAAAA